AUGUCUCUCCACGCCACGGAGGUUGCCGACCAUCUGGGGAAUAAUCUGAUAAGAUACAGGGUGCGGCCUUCUUGGCGGUCCGUUCUCUUCGGAAAUUCCGUAAUUACCGUUCGGACAAAGAAGAAACGCCGCGGUUGGCGCCUCGGACAGGCGCUCCUUUCUCUUGUUCUGCUCGUGUCUAUAUGUGCACUUUAUCUCCUCUUCGUCCAUGACCGCCGACAAGUUUUCACGACUCGCGCGUCCUCCACAGCUCGGCGUCAUCGUCUGAGAGAGCCGAACCAGCCGCAGGAUCCUCCCCCUAUCCUCGAGCCGCUACCCAUCUUACCCAUCAGGGGAGAUCCCUUCGAUGCCGAGGACUUCGAGAUCGUGCCUAGGGAGAAUGUGACAAUCGUUUUACCUGUCGACACCGGAUCAUACGCACAUCUUCCGAGCUUGCUCGCUCCCUUUUUUAUCGCGGCCAACCGUCCCGGCGAGUUAAUCGUCGCUGCGCCCCCAUCGCUGCUGGAUGAUGUUCUUGUGGUAGUCAAAGCAACUCUUCUCACCCUCCGUGAUGCGAACGUUCCUUUGCGGGUGCUGGCGUGGCAGGACGAUUUGAGCGCACGUGUCGGCUGGCUACAUGUUGCAGCGAAAAGCACCAAAGAUUACGUCGUUAUACUCGACGAGAAAGGAUCGCACGAUAUCAGUCCGGAAAUCUUAGCCAGUCUUCUCUCUCCCAAGGCACUUCCAUAUCCAGUUGGACCGCGGGGAGCCUCGUUCUCCCCUACGAAUAUCUCCUGCACAGAACAUACAUACGACACCUAUGCACCCGUCGCCUUUCUCGUACCACCUCUGGUCGUUCCAACCAGUCUGCUUCAGGAGCUGGAGGGAGCGAUCCGCAUGAAUGAUUUUCGGGUUUGGUUUUCCCUGGGAGAACGAACGGCCCGACUCACGGGACAAGCGUUCGGAGGAUUGGCGCAUACACCCUUCAGCACACUAGCUUCUCCCACCAGUCACGCUCCUGAAUGGUGUUCCCGUGCUAAAGAGCAGGUUCUUGAGCCUGGGACUAAUAAUAACCUCAAUCCGAGACAGAUCGUGUUUGACCGAUAUCGUGCAUUCCAAAUGAAGCAGGAAGGUCAUAAGCCGGAUCUCCCUAUCGGAAUCAUCCUGGCUAAUGUGGAGGAGUUGACUGCUUUUGCCUUUACGAUAUGUCGCAUGGCCAGUCGGGGCCGAGCGAUUCGCAUAUAUCUGUAUGAUGAGCCCUCCUACCCUCAUGGCGCUAGAGCGGCUUCCCUUGGCGGCUGUCACCUGCAUUAUGAUGUCCGUGAGAAAGAAACAGCCACCAUUGAUCAGCUACAGUCUUGGUUGUCACGCAAUUGUAUUUCACCCAGCGUCGUUCUGCAUACCAUACGACAUGCCGACGAGACACUUCUUCUCGGUCUUGUGCGCAUAUACACGACUAGCUCGGCGUCGACCAUUAUCUGGCUGCCCUUCCAAGACUUGCCCGUCUCCGGAUGGAUAGCAGAGCUGAGUACUGAGGAACUACAAAGUUGGAAUAUACCCCAUAUUGAGCUCUCGGUGAUAACAAACAAUCGACCGGCAUCACUCCGGCGGCUUCUUUCUUCUCUCCAAAAGGCAUCCUACUAUGGAGAUCAACCCAUAUUAUCCAUCAAUCUUGAAGAAACCGCCGAUGCGGAAACUCUGCGCGAAGCUCAGAACAUAAAAUGGCCAGGAGCGGGCGCUCAAUUGCGUCAUCGCGUCGUUCGCGGUGGUCUUCUUCCUGCAGUGGUCGAAGCCUGGUAUCCAUUCACCAACGACACGUAUGGCGUCUUACUCGAGGAUGACGUGGAAGUAUCUCCCAUGUUCUACGCGUGGCUCAAAUUCACCAUCUUGCGAUAUCGAUACGGACCGGACCGCGCGGAGUCUAGUCGCCUCUUUGGCGUCAGUUUGUAUCAGGCGAAGCACAUUGAGCUCAAGCCCGAAGGACGACACCCAUUCAAUGCCCAGAUCCUCUUCACAAACUCGUCCAUGAGAUACCCACACAGUCCAUAUUUGUCUCAGGUUCCAUGCAGCUGGGGUGCGGUGUUUUUUCCUGAGCACUGGCGUGAAUUCCACCAAUACCUUUCCUUGCGUCUGUCGCCGCGCGGACAAGACUUGGGCAUCGACAUCGUGCCGAACAUUCGGUCCAACAAGUGGGCAAACUCAUGGAAGAGGUACUUCAUCGAAAUGACCUACCUCAGAGGUUAUGUGAUGCUGUACCCGAACUAUGAUCAUUUCGUCUCCUUGUCGACGAACCAUCUGGAACCUGGAGAGCAUGCGCGCUACGUACCUGAGCGCAUUCUAACCAAGAAGAAAGCCCAGUUUCAGGUUCCACUUAUGGGUCACACCGAAAGUGACUAUGGGGUUCACUUGUUGGAUCUGCCGCAAGGAACGUUGCCCUCUUGGCACGAUCUCCCGGUUCUUGACCUCUGGGGUAACAUCGCCUCACUGGACUUGUUGACAUGGCGUGGGGCAUAUCGACAUGAAGAGGUCACUGAAUGCAGCAGACUUCUGUCUUUGGACGAGCCAUCGACAUACAACGCUGAUGAACUGCUUUGUUUGCACGAUGACGAUCAUGAUGAUGAAGAGGAAGAGGAAGCGGAGAUUGAGGAGGAGGAUAUGCUUGGCCUCGAUGCUGAAUAA